GUCUGAAGCUGGCUGGAAUGGAUGGGAGUCGCUACAACGUUGCAGUCAGCCAUGCACCACAUCAUAUCCCCUCACCGUGUGUCUUAUCAGCAGUUCCCCAAGUUUUCCCCUCCUUUUGAUCAAUCUCUUAGGUCUGAUUAGCCUGUUCAGAAAGGUCCCCUGCUCUUCUGACCGAAUCAAUGUAACGCCCAACAUGCAGGCAAGCCGAUGUACAACUACGGAUAUCGCACAAAAUGGCCUCGAGAUCCUCGUCUGGAUACGGGACUUUCCCUCCUUCCGAGGGACACGCCAAUCGAGGCAUUGGCGAUCAUCCACAACAAGCCGCAUUGCUAGCAUCGACGACGUCGACGUCGACAGAAACGAUGAGGAAUCAAGACAGUAAAGCGUCGACGGACUUUGAGCCGGCAGACGAGCAGGCGCUUAGCGAAGCCAUCGAGCAGGAACAUGCGCUGACUUUUUGGGAGGCUGUCAGCCUAUACCCGACAGCGGUAGGAUGGUCAAUGUUUGUAUCCAUCGGUGUAAUUAUGUUGGCGUUUGAUCCACAAAUCGUCGGCAACAUGUUCGCCAUCCCACAGUUUAAGAAAGAUUUCGGAAUUGAGCAUCCCAAUGGCGAGUUCGUCAUCCCCGCAAGAUGGCAAACCGGCCUGUCGCUAGGGAAUCCCCUUGGGCAGGUCGUCGGGGCCUUGUUUUCUGCUUAUCCGAUGGAGCUGUUUGGUCGCAAGUGGACCUUCUUCGGAUGCGUCUCUCUUACGGCAGGUUUGGUGUUUAUCCAAUUCUUUGCCCGCUCACUGGAAGUUCUGCUUGUCGGAGAACUGCUCGGCGGCCUUGUCCUGGGAUGCUUCGUUGUCAUUGGGCCAACGUAUGCUUCGGAAGUCUGUCCGAUGGCACUUCGUGGCGUCUUGACCUCAUACACGAACCUAUGUUUUGUGACGGGGCAACUACUUGGUAAUGGUGUGACAGCCGGCACAGCGACGUUGAAGAACCAUUGGGCCUACAGCAUACCAUUUGCGCUACAAUGGUUCUGGGUUCUCGUCAUUAUACCGGGCGUCUUCUUCAUCCCAGAGAGCCCUUGGUGGCUAGUGCGGAAAGGGAGGAUUGAGGAAGCCCGAGAUUCGUUGCGACGAUUGGCGUCUAGGAAGGUGAAUGUUGACGCAACCCUUGCCGCGAUCGCUGAAACGGACCGACUUGAGCUAGAGAUGGAAGCGGGAAGCACCUAUCGGGAUACCAUCAAAGGAGUCAAUUGGCGUCGUACCGAGAUCUCUACGGGAGUUUACGCCACACAGGUUUUGUCGGGUAUCUACCUCAUCAACUAUGGGACUUACUUUUUCCAGCAGGCGGGAGUGGGCGAGCAAGAUGCGUUCUAUCUAGGCAUCGGGUUUUUAGCUGUGGGCUGGGUAUCGACCGUUAUCUCUUGGUAUCUUAUUGGUCAAUUUGGGCGACGUCGUAUCUUCAACAUCGGGCUUCUGGUUUGUGUCAUUCUAAUGUUCAUCAUUGGCAUUCUCGACACGAUACCUGGCCGACCUUCUGGGGUUGCGUGGGCGGAAAGCUCCCUCAUGUUGGUUUGGAAUGGCGCCUACGAUCUAUCCAUCGGCCCGAUCACUUUUGUGAUCCUUGGCGAAUGCUCUGCUACUCGCGUCCGGUCGAAGACAAUCGCCGUAGCUACGGCGUUUCAGGCAGUAUUAGGUAUCGUGAUGACCGUAGCGAUUCCCUACAUGAUCAAUCCCGAUGAGGCCAACUUGCAGGGCAAGCUCGGGUACUACUUCGGCGGGCUGGGUGCGCUGUGUCUCAUUUGGUCCUACUUCAGAGUGCCCGAAACGAAGGGUAGGACGUAUGAAGAACUGGACGUGCUCUUUGACAGAAAGAUUCCUGCGCGAGAGUUCAAGAAUUACCAGAUCGAAUACGCUAAUGCUGGGUAGACAUGAAGUUUCUUGCUAGUAGAUAGACAAGAUAUGGCACUAAUUGCUUACCUUUGGCUGACCCUGGACCAUUAGUGGUGAUAAUUGCUGCCCAACGUUAAACAAGCUUCCUGUCUAGGUUUCAUUUCUGUGGCGCAGGUAAUCACCUGGCUUAUUUGCAUGCCAUGGGCAGACCAUGGGGCUAGGACAGAACUACCUAUUCAACCUGAAAACACGCGAUUCUCACCGAAGGGGGAUGCUUGCUUGGGCGGUUCGUCGUGAUAAGCAUCGGGAUGCAAUGCGGCG